ACGGCGGAAGAAAAGCCCUCGCCUAUCCUCCCUACCCCCGUCCCUCUCUCUAGUACUACACAUCCUCCAUCUCGUCGCCAGAGAAGCCGCCGGAACCAAGUCCCGACGCCGGACUCUUCAUUUGAGUCGUCCAUGAACAGGGCAGCUUAGGUAACCCAAUCCAUGGAGAUUUCUUGUCUUUCUCGAAACCUCCGUAAUUUCUCCAACCCUUACUUCUACUCUAUUUACUCAUUUGUUCCUCAUUCUCCAUUUCCUUCAUCCUCGCCUUCUAAACAUUCCCACCGUUUUUGUCGAUUUUAUACUACACCAGCAAUAUCCGAUUCUACUGCUGAUUCUUCCUUAAUCUGCAAUUCAUCUUCCCAAUCUGUGCCUUCAUUGUGUUUGUUUGAGAGAUGUAAUGGCGGAACAUUGGAUUUGAAUCAUGGAUUGUUUCGACACCACUACAGAAGCUUCCGUUCGUUUUCCUCCUCUUCGUUUGAGAAGCCUCAGUCUGGGACUGGUAAUUUAAAUGUGUCUAAACCGAAUGCCACCUCCAAUCAAUUUUGGGAUGUUAUAAAUAUCAUCCGGAGAAAUCAAGAGGAUUUGGAGUCUAAGUUGGAUUCGUUGAAUGUAAGUUUAAAUAAUGCUUUUGUUGUUCAGAUUUUUCGGGUGCUGAAUAAUCGUAAGAUUUCUGCCUUUCGUUUUUUCAACUGGGUUAGAGUUCAAUCGUGUAAAUUUCCUUGUAACUCUGAUGUUUAUAGUCUACUUAUUGAUAAUUUUGGUAGCUUAGAUAAUUAUGAGGGGAUUCUUCCUGUUCUGAUUGAGUUCAAGCGGAAAGGAAUUGAUCUAAACCAUAAAGCAUUUGAGUUUUUACUUGUUCAACUACCAAAUGAAGAUUCAAUUAAGAUUUCUGUUGAAAGACUGGUGAAGUUGUUGAAUGAAGUAGGAGGAUCUUGUAGAAUAUCUGGGGUCAUGGCAUUGAUUGAGAUGUUCUGUUCUCGUGGUUCUUUCGGAUUGGCCAAGUUUGUGAUUGAGAUAACUGAGAGAAGAGCAUCUUUCUGCAAUAUCAUUGUUCGAGAACAGUGUCGACGAAGCAAUUUCGAAGGAGCUAAAUGUACACUUGAUGAGAUGAGGCAAGUGGGUUACCCAGAUGUGGGGAUUCUCAAUUAUCUGCUUAGUAGUUUGUGCAAGAAUGACAAAUUUGGUGAAGCUCAUAAACUGUUUGAAGAAAUGCUCGAAGGAGAUUGUCCUCCAAACUCUUUGACAUUUGAAGUCAUUAUCUGCCAUCUCUGUGAAAUUGGUAAUAUUGAAUCAGCACACAGCUAUCUUGACAUGAUGGUGUCAAGGGGUCUCGAGCCUCGCCAUUCGACACACGCUGCCUUCGUGAAAAGCUACUUCAAUUCACGGAGAUAUGAGGAAGCAUAUCGGUAUGUGGUUGACUCUAGCUUGAAACAUGUCAUGGCACGGAAUACAACAUAUAGUUUGCUUGCAACUCUUCAUGAGAAGAGAGGUAACUUAGUUGAUGCUCAAAAAAUUCUUUCUGAGUUGAUAGAUGCAGGUCUUAGACCAAACUUUCCACUGUAUAUGAGAGUUCUGAAGAAGCUUCAGCUUCAAGGCAAGGAAGAUUUGGCCAAUGAUUUGAAGGGAAAAUUCAACAAUGGUUUUCUAGGUAAAAACUGUCUCUUUCUCUCUUUUUCAUCAUGGUAUCAGAGCAUGGCGACGAAACCCUAACCAUCACUAACGAGAAUCAGCCACAAUCUUCUUCAACAACCUCUGUCGGAAUCAGUGGAACCGCGAAUGUCGACAUUAAUGCAACGAUACAGGCAGUCAUUAAAAGGUAUCUCCAAACCGUGUUGCCAGAGCUCCUUCAGUCAACAGUUCCAGUCGUCCAGCCGAUCCAGACCAGUCGAUCGUCGCGGCGCUUUCGUCAAUCGACGUCGUUCCAGUUGAGUCCUCCCGUCGCUCGCAGUCAACGCUCCUCUUGCUCGCAACCAAGUCCUCCCGCUCAAACCUGAUUGGUUUUGCCCAGUAGCCGACGCUUCUCCUGCUCAAGCCGAGUCCUCCUGCUCGUAGCCAAUCGGUUUCGCACAGCAGCCGUCGGCCUUCAACCAGUCAAUCGGUGUUGGUUCUCUGCAAUUGGGCUGAGAUGCCUCCUUCGAUCAGCGUACUUCAGUCGCGCCAAGCAACAAUGGCGCAAUUUAUGGCUCAAAUGAGGUCCAACAUCGAUUUGCUCAUCUUCAGCAACAGAUUGUGAAUUUCGAAACAGUUCUUGGCAGAAACUCGCAAACAGUCCAACCAGAGUUCUCUGCUAUUCUAUCGUUGUAUUCUAAGCAUCCGGUAAAUUCUUUCCCUGUUUUACCUACAACAAAUUUUCCGUCUAGAAACUUUGCAGGGUUUAUUAUUGGAGAAAAGUUGAAUGACCAGAACUAUUUUUUCUGGUUGCAAUCAAUCAAGAUGGCUUUGGAAGGACGUCAUAAAUUCGGGUACUUGACGGGAGAGAUAUUGAAACCAGGGCCAGGUGACCCACAAGAACGUAUCUGGAAAGGAGAGGAUUCUUUGUUGCGAUCAGUUCUGAUUAACAGCAUGGAACCCCAGAUUGGCAGGUCGUUACUUUAUGCUACAACCGCCAAAGACAUUUGGGAUGCUGUAUAGAAAUUAUAAUAAAAAAGACAGAAUACGUCUUGAUUGUACACAUUACACAAGCAGGCCCAUGAGUGUAAACAGGGAUCAAUAGAUGUAACAUCCUAUUUUAACAAAUUAUCCCUACUGUGACAGGAAAUGGACUUGUGUCAAGAAAUGGUGGGAUUGUCCUUGUGGGGGAGUUCAACACUACAAAAUUGAAGAAACUGAUAGAGUAUAUGACUUCCUAGCUGGGUUGAAUUCAAAGUUCGAUGUUAUUCGAAGUCGGAUAUUGGGCCAACGUUCUGUACCUUCCCUCAUAGAGGUAUGUUCGGAGAUAUGUUUAGAAAAGGACAAAUCGAGUGCUAUGAACAAUCUAGUAAUUACAUCAAUAGAUGCUACUACGUUUUCUACGAAGUCUUCCGGGUCUAACAGUGAUAAGCAAAAUAAUAGACCCCCUCCCGUUGCACUACAAGAAGCCCUAACAUACGAAAAAUCAGUGUUGGAAGCUGCAUGGGAGACCUCCAAAUAGCAGACGACGUCAGUCACAUGACAAAUCAAACCCUUGACGUGCUCUUGUGAGUGACUCGACAAGUGGAAACCCUCAGACUCAAUCUCUAGCAGAUGGCCAAGAUAAUUCAAGUUCUAUUGCGCAGUUAGGUACGGUUCAGUCCUUUGGCUUGCUUAGUGUUCAUGGUAAAAAACCAUGGAUUGUUGACUCAGGAGCUACAUAUCAUUUAAUUGGCUCAUCUGACCAGUUUACUCCAUACUGUUCGAGUGCUGGUAAUGAAAGGAUUAGGAUCGCAGAUGGGUCAUUUGCUCCAGUUGUAGAAAAAUGUCAUCUCUCUCCGUUUGAGGGUUUAGUGUUGCGUGAUGUGUUAUAUGUUCCCAAGAUUUCAUAUAAUUUAUUAUAUGUCAGCAAAAUUCAAGAAAUCUAAGUUGUCAGGCUGUUCUCUCACCCGAUUAUUUUAUUUUAGGAUCUGAGCUUGGGGACGACGAUUGGCACUGUCUGGUGUCACAAUCGCACUUUCAAAAGCUUCACUUAGCAUUUGUGCGACACUUGUUUUUGCUCACAAACAAGUCAGCCAAUUCGAAUACGGAAUGUCGAUAGCACACCAGGUGCCUUUCGCAACCUCCACCCCCAUUUUAGAGAAAACGGUUUUAGAAAACGGGUUUGGAGAAAAGGUUUUCACAAAUAGUUUGAAUGUAAGAAUGGAGAAAAGAAAGAUUGUAGUAGGCUAGAAAACAAUAAGCAAACACGACGACUUUGUAACAUACUACUCCGGGUAUGAGGAAGUGAUGAUUAGUCUUAUCCCCAUAUAGUGUAUUAUGAACAAAAACACAUCCGUCACCCUUGCAUAUGGAAAUGGGCGAGCGGUCACUCACUAAGUACAUAUAAAACUAACUACCUAGCAAAAGGAAAUACAUAGAAUGAAAGCAUAGUAAAAAGAGGUGGAGGCGGACAUGCAGCCAUGGGCAACACACCCUGGACAAGCAUGACUGUGACAUUCUCCCGCACUCCAUUGGUUGAUGUCCCCGUCAACCAACUCUGCUUGAACUCAGCAUACUGUUGAGUAGUUGCCUUUGAGGCCUUCCACGCGCUCCCAACAAACUUCUCUGUCUUGGAGGCUUAUCCACUUCUCCAGGAACUCUUCCCAGCUUGGUCCUGGUCUUUCAGCUCUGUCGCUUCUUCCAGUAAGUCUCUCGUGGGUUUCUUCUCCAGCCAUUCUCUUCGUUGUGGCAUGCGGACGGGUUACCACCCUACAUCUCUCCUCGGCAU